ACUCAAGAUUAUCAAUAGCAUCAGCAAGUAAUACAAGUGGAUAUCAUUCAAAUAGAAAUGUGUUAUCAGCUAGUAGUGAACCAAGUAUAGUUGAUUUACAUACAAUCGAUCGUAUAACAAAAUAUGGUGAAUUAUCUCCCAAUAGUCGAAAAUUAAAUGAUGAUGAAAUUCUUCAACAACCCAUUGUACGUAAUCUUGAUAAUGGAAAAUAUAUGCCAUUAAUUGAUGCUAAUCCAAUGACACAAACAAUAUUGGAACGUGUUCGUCGUAGUGAAAGUAUGAUUCCAUCACGUCGUGGUUCAUUAAUA